AUGCUUGAGGGUCUAAAGACGGCAGUUGAACGACUGAAUACACCAGCUUUCGCACGGCUUCUUGCAUUAAUACCUCCCUCCUCUCAAAGACCAGAGUCUACAGGCUCUGGUGAUUCACAUCUCAAAGAUGGAUAUGACGAGGACGAGCAUUGCAACGCUAGCGACCCAGAGAGCAAGAAUUCCGAACUUGAGGUUCCCGAAAGGGAAGAAGAAUCUAAUAGCGACAACGAAUACCAAAGUGACGAAAAAUAUGAUGGCGAUUGUUCCAGUCAGAGCAGAAACGACUCCGAGCAUAUGGCUUGGGCCCAUGCAACCGAAGUACUCGUCCCUCAUGCCAAGGGGGAUAGUGAUUUUGUUCUCGAUGCACUAUCCGGCAAUAUCUUCGAGAACCUCACUCGUAGUUGGGGUGAGCUGGUUGGAAACCUUAAUGUCCCUGAUAUUGAGUCCAGGGUGCAGCAUAUUUCAUCAAACGCAAGAGGAUCCACGGUUCAUGAGCUUGAGCAAACCUUGGUUGAAGCUGGAUAUUUUGUGCCCCGUAGGGAAGCGCCGAGUGUCUGGCCACCGAGCAUAUAUUCACCAGAUGAUGAUGAUGAAUGUGCAGGCAUCGUCAACGAGUCUGUUCUCCAGGAUUUCCUGAAGUGGUGA